UCAUUACCACUCCAAAAGACAUCAGAUACUUUUGCAUCAUCGACCAGAGCUACAAAUUCAAUUAUCAAGUAUCCAGUACCUGCCACAAAAAAAUCAUCGUUAGUUUUCGAUACAAAUGAAGUAAAAAUGAAAAAAUUACAAAUGUUAACUCAAGAACUGAAAAACGAACUUGAACAUUCGGCAAAUGCGAGCACCAUAACUUACACAGAUGAAAAUGAUCCUACAAUUGAUCAUAUCUAUAAAAUUGGUAAUAAACACCGUUUAUUUAUCGACUAUCGUCCAGAUGACUCAUUUUCUCAUUCAACAAAUCAAACAACGUCGGCUCGUACAUUUACAACUCAAACAUUUCGUGGAAAAUUAUACAUUGACGAAGUAUAUAUUUGUUCUGGUCAAGGUUCAAGUAAAAGACAAUGUAAGCGAGAUUGUUUUUUGAGAGCCCACGAUUAUCUCGUAGAUCAUGAUUAUGAAGUCAAAUCAUUAAUUAAUGGUAAAGACAAACAAGCACAGUAUGAUUUAGUUGUGAAAGAUUUAAAUGAAUUCGAUGGAAAUGAGAGUUUUGUAGGUGGAAUGAGAAUGCCACAUAUGAAUUUUGUCGAAGCAAAAGAUACAUCGACAAUAGCGGAGAGAACAGCUUAUGAACAAUUAAGAUUAGAACAACAAUAUUGGCAACGUGAUCAUCCUGGUGAAGAACGACCCACGUCAAUUAGGUCAAAACUAGUUCAACGUUCAAGGUCUCCACCACCGCCCAUUCCACAUUUACCACCAGUUUAUCACACACUAAAAAAGGAUGAAAAUAUUAUUGAUCCAAUUCCCAGACAACAGCCAUCACAACAAUCGGAAAUAAUUUUCAACGCUCCAAUUACUGCAAAUCGAGUUAAAACAUCAUCAAUUAUUCUAGAGGAACACCAUCUAUUAUCUGAUACAUUAUCUGUUUCUCAACAACGCACAAAAUUAAUCAAACUGCAACCAUUUCUAUUUAGUUUGUUAAAUUCUCUUGCCGAUCCAGCACAUUCGAUCGAUUUAAUUUCUUCUCAAAUUAACAAAUAUCACUUGCAGUCGGAUUUUGAAUGUCCCGAUAAACCAUCGUCAACACAAGGUUUUCAUGGUUAUUUAGUUGUUGAACAAAUUUAUAUUUCAGAUGGUUACGGUAUCAAUAAAAAGUUGGCGAAAAAACAAACAUACUCAAAUGCUCUCAAACUAAUCUCAAAAUCAAAAUCAUUUUCAUUAGAACUAAGAAAUAAACAACAAUGGACAUUGAUUUCAUGUGAUGAUGAUCAAGGUUUGCUAAAAUGUCCACCGCCAUCACGACGAUCAAUGUUAUAUCGUGAUAGUGACAGAGAUUGUAAUCAGUCAACAGGAGGAGAUUCACGCUAUGAACGUGCUCAAGAAUAUCAUCAAGCAAAAUCUGGCGGUACGUGUAUUCCACCACCAAUGAGUAACAAUAAUUAUAGCAGUGCACAAUCUUUUGGAUCACGGUCCAGGCGAAUAAAUGAGGAAGAAGCAGCUGCUCCUAUUGUUCAAUCAUCAUUUGAUUCGUCAAAAUGUGUAACAACACCCGAUAAUGAAAUAUUAUCUAAUAUUCACAGUCUAAUACCAUCAACAUUUGUUCUCUUUGAACCACUUGAUUUUCAAUCAAACAUGCCCGGUUCCUAUGUAUCAAUGUUAUUUGUAUCAAUGUCUAAAAAUCGUCUAGAACUAAAACAUGAUAUUCAACAUAUUCCCAAAGGUUAUUUGGUAACAUUUUAUAUAGAUGAUCAUUUUCUCAUGUCAAUGUUGGGAAAUAGUAAUAAAAAUUGUACAAAGCAAACGGGUGCUAUGAAAUUGUGUGAAUUAUUAAAAACAAUCUUUCCAUGUAUCAAAAUGAAAUCUGUUGAGCAUAUGAUUGAGGACGGUGGAACGUAUGUGAUAUUGGGUAAUGUAAGACGCAUAACACGAGCACAUUUAUAUGAACAAGCAGAAGAAUCAAUAAUAACGAACAACAAUAAUAACCAGCAUCAAACGAAUGAAAAUGUUAUUGUAGAAAAAGAAGAUAUUGCAACAAAACUUAUGAAAAAAAUGGGAUGGACAGGGACGGGAGGACUUGGAAAACAAGGGCAAGGUAUAGCUGAACCGAUUCAAAUUGAAGAUUUACAUGGUCGCAAAGGUUUAGGUUCAAAUCAUUUAUUUCCAAAUAAUAUAUUUAUUCGAAAUCUUCGACGUAGUUUAGAAGAAUAUAUUCAACAAAACAACGACGAUCAAGAACUAAUAUUUGAAAAUCAAUUCAAUAAUGAAGAACGAAAAAUGAUACAUAAAGAAGCGAUGAAAUUACAUUUACAUUCAACGUCAUACGGUCAAAAACAACAACGUUUCAUUCGUGUGACACAUAAACGAACAACCGAUGAACUAAUGGAUCAUCUGAAACAACAUAAUGGUAAAACACAACGUUAUGAAUUAAAGUCAGCUCAAAGCUAUCAGACCAAUUCACAAUAUCAUGGUGGUGGUAUGAGAACCGUGUCAACAGAUUUGUUGAAACAAGGCAUUCGAAUAGCACCUGUUGUAGAAUAUAAAGAUGCGUGUGAUGAUAAUAAUACAUAG